AUGAUUGACGACUGGAUUUACAUAUAUUUGCCAUCAACUUUUUGUGCCUUAGCAUUUCUAGUGAAUCCCAUAUUUAUAAGUUUGAUUUUCUCAGAAAAAUCGGUGAUUUUUGGCAAUUAUCGAUACUUGUUCUUGUAUUUUGCAGUUUUCAACAUGAUUUACUCAAUAAUGAAUGUUUUGGUACAACUUAAAAUCCACAAUUACCGUUACUCGUUUCUUGUGUUUGUCAGAUACGGUUGGUUUCAAACAAGCAGCUCUGAGUUUAAUUACCAUAUGCUCACUGCUCGCUGCUCGUUUAUAGGAUCUAGCUAUGCAGUAUUAUUAAGCCAUUUCAUAUAUCGUUAUCUUGUAAUCCUUAAUUCAAGUCUAACAAGGCAUCACUUCCCGUGGUACAUGACCGGGUCAUUUUUAUUGAUAGUGGUUUAUUAUUCUUUAUCGUACGCUACGUGUUAUUUCCCAGGCAAGGCAAACUUGGAGGUUCUCCAAUAUAUUCGUGUGGAUUUUCAAGAAAAUUUCGGAAUAGAUUCAAGGAAUUUGAACAUUAUGGGAUCGAUGUUCAGCGUAGGAUCUGACACAACAACACUGAGGGCAUGGAAAACCAUCAUAAGUUUGUCAACAAUAUCCAUCGCAUCUAUCACAUCCUUUUUUGUGAUGGCUCGAUUGAUAAUGCAAGAGCUCAAGACAAUGUCAGUGAGAACAAGCCAAAAAACUUCACGACUUCAAUUUGAGCUCCUCAGAGCCCUAAUCGUUCAAACAGUCAUCCCAAUCUUCAUUAGUUUUUCGCCGUGUCUGUUAUGUUGGUAUAGCCCGAUAUUUGGCAUACAGCUGCACAAAUCGUUCAAUUAUCUUGAAACCAUCGCUUUGGGAGUGUUUUCCUUCGUGGACCCUAUCGCUAUCAUUCUUUGUCUUCCCAUAUUCCGCGGCAGAGUUCUCAACGCCGUCAGUUGUAAUACAAAAACGAACCCAGAAAAUCAAGCAGAUAACAACUCUCAACGACAACCUCCAGUUUCAAGUAAUACUUUGUUAAAUGCAUACUUUCAACGAAAUACAAUAUUUUUUCACAAAUAA